UUAAAGGCCAAGUCAAAAACACGUGUAUGAGUCGUAUGACCACUUCUCCAACACCUCUCUUAACGCCCUUCCAUUGAUUCCAACGGUUUGCAACUCCUCACUCCAUUGCAAAACCCUCACGCAAUUUAAGGGCAACCCCUCAUCUAAAUAUAAUUAUUUUCUUAUUUUUCUUAUAGAGACGGUUAAACGUAAUAGAAGGGAAAUAAAAAAAAAAACCUACUCCUCCCUCUCUCUCUCUCUACCCUUUUGAGGAGUUAGGGGUGGAAUCAACGAAGAAAAAGAGGACCAAUUUUUUAUUUUUUCCUUCUUUUUUUUUGCAUGUGAGAAGAAGAGAACUUAUACAUAUAUAUAUAUAUACACACACACAGUGAUAUCUAUCUAUUGAAGCAGUUUUAAUUUGUUUUAUUGUAUAAUUAAUGGGGAAGUAUCCUGAGGUUAAGGAUGGGGAGGGUGGAACAUGUCCAUUGGUGGCAGUGGCCAUUGACAAAGACAAAGGGAGCCAAAAUGCACUGAAGUGGGCCAUAGACAACCUUGUAACCAAGGGCCAAACCCUAGUCCUUGUGCAUGUCAACACCAAGUGCAACUCUGGGGGCCAGGAGGAUCCUGCUGGAUUCAAGCAGCCGACCGAUCCGCAGAUGAAGGAACUUUUCCUCCCGUUCCGCUGUUUCUGCACGCGUAAAGACAUACAUUGUAAGGAUGUGGUGCUCGACGACCCGGAUGUGGCAAAGGCGAUCGUCGAAUUCGCAGCCCACGCCGCCAUUGAAAAGCUAGUCGUCGGUGCCCCGACAAAAGGAGGAUUUGUUAGAAGAUUCAAGAACACAGAUAUCGCAAGCAGCGUAUCGAAAUCAGCACCGGACUUCUGCACCGUUUAUGUGAUAUCCAAAGGAAAGGUUUCUUCCCUGCGGAACGCCGUCCGCGCGGCCCCAACCGUCUCUCCUCUCCGAGUUCAAAUCCAGAACCAGCCGAGCUUGAAGCCCGAGCCCGUCGUUACCCAGAACAGACUAAGCAUCAAAAGUGAUGCAGCUCCAGAGCAUUUGCUGUUACAUGACAACUCUAUCAAGUCUCCAUUUACGAGGGGAGGGCGGGGCACGACGAGAAAGUCGUACGCCGAUCUCCCGAUGCCAGACUCCACCGACAUAUCGUUCGUUAGCUCUGGAAGGCCGAGUGUCGACCGUUGUCCGUUCCCUCCGAGGUUGUCUAGUGGAUCCGAAGGCUUUGACAGCAGCUUCGAGAUGGUGCGAACGCCACAUAGAUCGAUGGACUCGUACUCGACUAGCAAUGAGUUCUCUCCAUUCUCACAAAGCAGCACCGGGACAUCGUGGUCAUCACAGGCCAUAGAAGAUGUGGAAGCAGAGAUGAAGAGACUGAGGCUGGAGCUCAAGCAAACAAUGGAUAUGUACAGCACAGCAUGCAAAGAAGCACUCACAGCUAAGCAAAAGGCAAUGGAACUCCACCGGUGGAAGGUCGAGGAGGAACAGAAGCUAGAAGAGGCGCGCUUGGCGGAAGAAGCAGCUUUGGCUCUUGUGGAGAGAGAGAAAGCCAAGGCAAAAGCAGCGAUAGAGGCAGCAGAAGCCUCACAGAGGAUCGCAGAGUUGGAAGCUCAGAAGAGGAUCCAUGCAGAGAUGAAGGUGCUGAAGGAGACUGAGGAGAAGAAGAGAGCGCAGGAUGCGCUCUCGCAUACUGAUCUCCGGUACCGAAAAUAUACAAUAGACGAGAUCGAAGUGGCCACUGAAUACUUUGCAGAGGCCCGUAAGAUCGGCGAGGGCGGCUAUGGACCUGUGUAUAAGUGUUAUUUGGAUCACACGCAGGUCGCCAUCAAGGUUUUGCGGCCUGAUGCAGCUCAAGGGAGAUCACAGUUUCAGCAAGAGGUUGAAAUACUCAGCUGCAUUCGGCACCCGAACAUGGUGCUUCUCCUCGGGGCCUGCCCGGAGUACGGCUGCCUCGUCUAUGAGUACAUGGCCAAUGGCAGUCUUGACGACAGGCUGUUCCGCCGAGGCGGCACCCCGCCCCUCUCGUGGCCAGACCGCUUCCGCAUUGCUGCGGAGAUAGCAACGGGCCUCCUCUUCCUGCACCAGACCAAGCCGGAGCCACUCGUUCACCGCGACCUCAAGCCGGGCAAUAUCCUCCUCGACCGCAACCUCGUCAGCAAGAUCAGUGACGUCGGCCUGGCCCGCCUUGUUCCCCCAUCUGUCGCUGACAAUGUCACGCAGUAUCGCAUGACGUCGACGGCCGGCACCUUCUGCUACAUCGACCCGGAGUACCAGCAGACAGGCAUGCUGGGUGUAAAGUCAGAUAUAUAUUCUCUUGGCGUCAUGCUGCUGCAGAUUCUGACGUCGAAGCCGCCGAUGGGGCUGACGCACCACAUCGGUCAUGCCAUCGAGAAGGGCAAGUUCGCGGAGAUUCUAGAUCCCGCGGUGCCUGAUUGGCCUGUUGAAGAAGCACAGCGGCUUGCAGAGAUAGCACUGAGGUGCGCGGAGCUCAGGCGGAAGGACCGGCCGGAUCUCGCGACCGUUGUGCUGCCAGAGCUCAACAGGCUGCGGAUGCUGGCCGAGGAGCACAUGCAGUACUCCUCGCUUCGCGGCAGCAUGCACGGCUCGCCUAUGCAAAGCCAUCAGGAUGUGAUGAGUGACCCACUAUUUGCACAAUCUGGAUAUAGCUCAAGAACCCAAUCAAGUGGAUCUUCGAUUGCCGGACGAAGAUCAAACGCCACAUAACAAAAUGUUGUUCAACAACACCACUUAAGCUUCCUCAACAAGUGCAGUGAGGAAAAAAGAAACUGAUUCAGCUUCGCGGUAAACGGCCACAAUUAGGACAAAGCAUAUUUAUGUUUAAAGAAACAGCUUUUUU